AUAAGAUUGGAAGAAAAUAUUACAAGAAUAUAUAUGAUAUCCAUGAUCAUCAUGCCAGCCUCCAGGUCUGGAACGAGCUGCGAUUACUGGAUAGAUGGAUCCCACAGAGAGAUAGCCUUUGAAGAUUACUACACAGUGGCACAGGAAUUAGGAAGGGGUGCAACAUCUGUUGUGUACAGAUGUCAAGAAAAGCGAACCCAGAAACAAUAUGCUGCAAAGGUCCUGCAGAAAACAAUUGAUAAGAAGAUUGCAAGGACUGAAAUUGGAGUUUUGUUACGACUUUCUCAUCCAAACAUUAUUAAACUAAAGGAAAUCUUUGAGACGCCUGCAGAGAUCAUCCUGAUUCUGGAAUUGGUGACUGGUGGGGAGCUUUUUGACAGGAUUGUAGAGAAAGGAUAUUACAGUGAGAGGGAUGCAGCUCAUGCUGUUAAACAGAUUCUGGAAGCUGUUGCGUAUUUACAUGAGAAUGGAGUGGUACAUCGAGACCUGAAACCAGAAAACCUCCUAUAUGCAGAUCUGUCAUCAGAAGCACCACUGAAAAUAGCUGACUUUGGUCUAUCCAAAAUUCUGAAUGAGCAGGUUACCAUGAAGACAGUUUGUGGGACCCCUGGAUAUUGCGCACCUGAAAUCCUGCGAGGCUGCAGCUAUGGGCCUGAGGUGGAUAUGUGGUCUGUUGGAGUCAUAACUUACAUCUUGCUUUGUGGGUUUGAACCAUUUUUUGAUGCAAGGGGUGACCAGUAUAUGUACAGCAGGAUCUUGAACUGUGACUAUGAAUUUGUCUCCCCCUGGUGGGAUGAUGUGUCUCUAAAUGCAAAAGAUCUGGUUAGAAAACUGAUCGUGCAAGAUCCACAGAAACGGUUAACAGUUCAUCAGGCCUUGCAACACCCUUGGGUGACUGGGAAAGCAGCUAAUAUUGCUCAUAUGGACAACGCUCAGAAGAAAAUGCAAGAAUUUAACGCAAGGCGCAAACUUAAAGCAGCUGUUAAGGCUGUAGUAGCCUCAAGCCGACUGGGAAAUGCCAGCAAUCAUACCCACAGCAAUCAUGACAGCGUCAAAGGAAGACUCAAUUCUUGCUCCAUUCAAGAGCAGAGCACAGAAAAGGAAAAUGGACAAGAAUCAUAGCUAAGCUCUUGCAAGGGGUUCCCAAAGACUGUCUUCCUCAUGGAAGAUAUGCAAAGAAUGCUGGCAAUGUUCAAUGGCUCAGAACUUUCUUUCCAAAAUGAAUGGUGAUAGCAUAUUUUGCAAAAAAAAACAAUUCUGUAACGUAUUUUCCACAUCUUGUAGUGGAAUGAUAUGGCAGAUCUUCAAAUCAUAUGUGAAGAUUUUAUAUAUAUAUAUAUAUUUAUAGUAUUUUAUGUUGUAGUACUCAAUGUAGACUGAUAAUGGUAUAAACAUAA